AUGAAGCUUACUCUAAUCUUAAUUUUUUGCUGUUGCCUUUUCAGUUUGGCCUACGGCAAUGCCAUUGUGGCCACCAAGCCACCAUUUGUGCGCAGUCGUUAUAGUCUUCGUUGGGGCAAAGCCACAACCACAGCUAUUCCGGAGACAGCAACGGGUCGCAACGCAGAGAUUGCAACCUCAACUGAAGAUCCCGAGGUGGGCACUUCAACUGCCAGUCCGGACUAUGAUUACUAUGGCAAUGGCGAAGCUGACAAUAUGGUGCACAAAUAA